UGCUCUGGAUCGGAUCGUUCGUGUUGCUUCCUGAUAGCACAAUCAUUUCAAUUUAAUCGGGAGUUAAUAUAUAUGUAUGUAUGCGUACAUAUAAAUAAUACUAGUGGAAGUGCAGAUGCGCAUAUUCAUGGAUGUUUAAACUAGUACGAUCGAAAAGUAUGAAGUCGAAAUACUUUGCAGCACGAUUUCUGUGCAUCUUCUUAGUUUUAUUUAGCAUCCAUACGAAAUCAGCAGAUGCUGCCUGCACACAAACUCAGUUCGAAUGCGAGAAUGGCAGCUGCAUCUCACAAUUUGAGGUGUGCAAUGGAGUCAAGAACUGUCCAGAUGGCACCGAUGAAACUGCAUUGAACUGCAUCUCACAGAGACAACAUUGCUCUAAGCCGUAUUUCCAGUGCAGCUAUGGAGCAUGUGUGAUUGGCACCGCAGCCUGCAACGGAGUCAAGGAGUGUGCCGAUGGCUCAGAUGAAACAGUGCUGCGAUGUGGCACCGAGGAUGACAAGCGGGAGUUUGAUCGCACGCUCCAAGGCAAUUGCCAGCAUGAUGAAAUAAAAUGUCCUUCUGGCAUUUGUAUUGACAAAUUUCGCUAUCUGUGCGAUGGCAACGAUGAUUGUGGCGAUGGCACUGGCUUUGAUGAAUCUGUGACCAUGUGUGGCCAUCAAGAGUGUCCUGGCUAUUCCUUCAAAUGCGCCUCGGGCAGUUGCAUUUCCAAUCAGCUUGUUUGCGAUGGCAAAAUUAAUUGCUUCGAUGGCUCCGAUGAGGCGCCGUUGCUUUGCAAUACCACAGCAGCCACGGCACCCAAGCUGCCAUCGAUUCCAGCGUCGCAACCGCAUCACUUGGCAUGUCCGCUGCCCGAUGGCGAUGAGCGUCCCAUAUUAACCAAUGGUCAGGGUCAGGUGUUGACACCGCCCAUCAUCAGGCAGACGGUGAAGUUCAGAUGCAAUCGUGGCUACUUUCUGGAGGGUGAGGAGACCGGUUACUGUGCCAAUGGCAAGUGGAGUUUGUCCGUGGUGCCCAAAUGCGUAAAAUACUGCGAUUCCAAGCGGGAUGAAUAUGGCAAUGCCAAGGAUCUCAUCAAUGGCUAUUCCACCAAUGCCACUUGCUCUGUGCACGGCGAAAUCGCUGAUUGCAAUCAACGCUAUCAUCCGCCAGGCACUGUGAUCAAAUUCAUUUGUGCCACAGGUUUCCAAACGCUCAAGACCUCGCUGCCGGAGAUGAAGUGCAUGCGUGGUGGCUAUUGGAAUCGUUAUCGUGAGCGCUGCGAUCAGGAAUGUGGACAGAUUGCCACGCCUGUGAAGCAGUUCUCAGCGAAUGGACAUUCAAUUGGCGUUGCUGUUGUUCCCUGGCAUGUGGGUCUCUACUCCGAGUUGAAUGAGCGUGGUUUCACCUUCCUUUGCGGCGGUUCGCUGCUCACGCCUGACAUUGUCAUCACGGCUGCUCAUUGCGUCUUCAAUGAGGUGGCCUCGGAACCUUACUCCGAGGAGAUCUUUCGUGUGGUGGCCGCAAAGUUGUACAGAGGUUACACUGAUGAAACGGAGUAUGACAACAGGCGACGCGUAAAUCAGAUUGUUGUGGCAUCUAACUACAAAGGCAGAGAGGAUAAUUUCUUCAAUGACUUGGCCAUGAUAAUACUGGAUGUGCCCUAUCGCCUGAGUGCUGUUAUACGACCCGUUUGUGUGCACUUUUACGGUUAUGCUGAGAAGGAGACCAUCAAUAACAAUGUGCACGGCAAAUUUGCCGGAUGGAACUUCAAGGAUCGACGUGAGCUGCAGUUUGUCCCAGCGCAAUCGCAAAUGAAUUCCGUUUGUAAAGACAAAUUGAGGGAUAUUGGCCUCGAUAAGUUCUGCAUGUACACUUUGGGUCAAUCGUUGGCCUGUCACGGCGACAGUGGUGGAGGUUUCACUGUGGAGCGGCGUACAGAUGCCUUCUCCCGGGAUCCUUUAAGGCAUUUUUUGUAUGGCAUCAUAAGCAGUGCACCAAAUGCUGGGCAAUGUGCCGAGAGUUUGACAACACUCACGAAUAUUCAACACUUUGAGGGACUCAUCACGAAAGCCAUAAAUCAUAGUGUCUAUACUCGAUCUUAAACCAAAAUAUAUAUCUACAUAUUUUUAGCUUUAAACAAGUCAAACUACUCAAAACAAAACAAAAUGUACAACUUAUGAUAAAUUUAGAACUCUGUGCUUUUCAAAAGACAUAUUUAAUGAUUUUCUAGAUCUUUUAAUAAAUUUAAAUACAAAUUUUAUAAGCAUAUUGACAAGAAAGUU